UAGAUGCUAUUUUGCGCCCAUCUCAGCUUGCAAUCAUCAAAUGUGCUGCUCACACGAAUGGAACUGAUCCUGUUUCACGAGGAAAUGCAAUGGCUGACACUGCAGCCAAACAAGCGGCACUUUCCUCUCCCUCUUUGGUACUUCAAUGUGCCUCCACACAACCUACCAAUCCAAUUCCAGUUCCUUCCGCUAAUGAUGUCGUGACAAUGCAAAAUCACGCUGAUGACAGGGAGCGAAGUCUUUGGUUGCGUAAAGGUUGUAAAGUUGACGCGGAGUCUGGCUUGUGGCUCCACCCUGAUGGUCGACCGGUUUGCCCUCGAGCUCUCCUUCAUGUACUGGCACGUGUGACGCAUGGUCCAGCGCAUGUUGGAAGAGGGGUGAUGAAUGAUGUUAUUCGCUCACAGUGGUUUGCUCCAGGCAUUACUCAAGUUUCACAAACACUUGUGGAUAGUUGUAUGAUAUGUCAACAGACCAGAAAAAAGAAUAGCACAGUGAAACAUGACCACUUAGAACCCCCAUCAGGUCCUUUUGUAAAUAUGCAAAUAGAUUUUGUACAUAUGCCAAGCUCACAAGGCUUCAAAUACUUGCUAGUCAUAACCGACAGGUUCUCGAAGUGGGUAGAAGCUUUUGCAACGAAAAAAGAAGAUGCAAGAACAGUUGUAAAGUGUCUGCUAAAAGAGGUAAUCCCUAGGUACGGAGUGCCGCAGGGAAUAGAUAGCGACAGAGGUCCAGCUUUUGUGUCAAAAAUCACUCAGGGACUGUCAGAAAUCUUAGGAUUUAAGUGGCAGUUACAUGUUCCUUAUCAUCCACAGAGUUCAGGUCAAGUUGAGAGAAUGAAUGCAACUAUCAAAGACAGAUUGACCAAAACAGUCCUAGCCACAGGCCUGAAAUGGCCUGAUGCACUGCCGAUUGUGCUGUACUCCAUUCGGAGUGCACCAAGUGCAACUACAGGACUGAGUCCUCACGAGGUGCUGAUGGGAAGACCAAUGUCCACAGGGACAAGUCCCCCACUGACACCACACAAAGCUACUCUGCUUUGGACGGAUGAGUUCAUGACUGAGUAUGUGAAAAGACUAACAGAGAUUUUGAGAAAGUAUCAUUUACAGGUGGCUGACAGACUCCCCAAACCAUCGGAAGAACCAAUUCAUUCCUUUCGAGAAGGUGACCUGGUAUUAAUCAAAUCUCUGGAAAAAGUGUCUUUGUCUCCUAGGUGGAAAGGUCCAUACCAGGUGCUGCUGACUACUAGGACGGCCCUGAAGGUCGAAGGCAGAGCAGAAUGGAUCCACGCCACAAGGUGCAGACUGGCCCCCCCCAACCACUGGCGGAGGAGAGCAGAGCCCUGGCAGGUAACCGGAUGGUUACUCCUUUUUUCUCUCCUGUUUAGUAGGUUCGGGCAGGGGACAGGUCAAGUCGGUCCAAAUGAGAGAGAGACAGGAGUCUCUCUGAUUCCAGGCGAAGGAGAGCGGAAAGGCUUUCCUUCUCAUGACACAGUCGGUGCCAUGAACCCAGUGCCCCAUGGACAGGGGCGCCCUUUGCAGAAUGAUCCAGAAAAUGCAGACCAAGAGCCAGAUCUUGGACAUACGGACAAAUCAAUGAGCCCAUUGGGACUCUACAACACUGUAAGUCCUGACAAAACAGUGAGAUACAUUGACAAUGCUGCAAUGAGAGAGUCUGAAGAAAAAGAGUCAGAAAAGACUGAUGGACAUAUUUUACCAGCUCUCUCCCGAGUUAAACGAAUUGUGAAUUCUAUUGUUUUUAAAUGUCCUAUUGACAGAUGUAAAAUGAAUGAUUGUAAUAUUGCAUAUCCAGUUACUUUUUCUCGAGGUAGAUGGCGGUGGUCUACAUAUGAUAAAACACUGUUUGAGACGAAGCAGAGUUCAUCCACGUCGACGAAGGUUUGAUAAUCAAGCUGGUAGUGAAAAAGACCACAGGGUCUGUACUCCAAGCAGCCCAGGUGCAUGUCACUGGAAACACUGCAGAUCAUAAUCACACAGGUUUGAGGUAUUAUGAUUUUGAAACUUUCCAGGACUGGAUGAGGCGUUUUCACCCAGGUAUCAUUUCAGAUGAGGAGGAGGAAACUCAAAAUCUGUAGGUUUAAUGUUUCUAAAAGCUUUCUUGGUAUAAAUCACUCACACCGUGCUAAAUUGAAUAGAGUUAUGUUUGUUUGUACUUCAUAAAGUUGAAGAAACAUAUCAUUUUCUAUUUACAGGUGACAUCUUAGAAUAAUUUUUUGAUUCUUUAAUGAUGUGAUUAUUAAUCUUAUGCAUUUUUAGUUUGAGAAAAGUUGUAGAAAUAGAGUAGUGUUAAUGAUUAAUCUCCUAAAUAUCUAGUCAUCUUAUAUGUUUUUCAUUAAUGUGAUUGAAUGUUUAAUUAUUUUUGAAAUGUGUGUUUGAAAAUUGAUGAAAAUGAAGAGGAUCACUCCAGGAGGAUGGAUUCCACAUCACCAUGCAUCGUAUGUGCUAGUAACCUCUCCAUGGUGAUGGCCCUCUACUGUACGCAAAGUGCAUGGGUUGAAGACUUCACUUUGUGAUUGAUUUGUUUUAUUGUUAUGAUGUAAUCAAAUGUUUGUAUGACUCCCCUUUAAGUUGCUAGGAUUUCAUCUAGUAAGAGGCAGGAAGUGUCUUGUCUUAGGUUGUUUGCGCAUGUGACUGGUGACCUCUGUCAAUGACCUCCUUUAACGCUUUGGUGUUCUAGGAGAUCUUCUUUGAGGAUUUGCCUCACUACUGCCCCUGGUGGUUGGAAGACAGAACUCAUGGGUCACAUGACAGUUGUUUUAAAGGGGUACAUAAGAGGGGUUUUUUAUCUAAUUUACUGAUUGUUUGCUUUUAUUGUUAUUGCAUUAUGUGUUUAAAUGAUUAUGUGUUUUGAUGAUUUUACUUUUGAUUUUGUUCAAUGCAAUUGUUGAUUCUUGUAUUACUUUUGUGUGAGAAUUGUUAUCUGUUGUGCGGAUGUUGUUUCUACUCUGUUUGUGCCCUUACAGUCCACCAGUCCAGUCAUAAAUUGGUAAUUUGUAUUGAUCUUUUGAUCAAUAAGAGGGGAUUGUUAUGGAUAUUCCAUAACUGACCAGGACAACAGAAUGUCAAGCUGUACUCCUCUGUUCUCUCAAACAGAAGAUAACACAUGUUGUUUAAUAAAC